CUAAUACUACUACUACCAACGCAGCUGCAGUAGUAAAUAACAAUAUCGCUGUAAUGUUAUUAUUUUAAUCGUCUGUUGUUAUUAAUUCCCGUUUACCCUUAUCGAUACGACGAAUCCGGGCCCGCCUUUCGUUUUGCCCGGCGUAAUAUCUCGUGUGUACACAUUUUUACACACGUCGAAUUUUCAACGCCGAAGCCGCGUUAGUCCCCGCGAGUGCGCCAACGUAGGAACGGAAGCGCGCGCGCGCUAGAACGGGCGUUUGUGUGUGUGUGUGUACGUGCGCGCGCGUGUGUGUAUCAUGCAUUUUGGCCGCCGCCGCAGUGAUCGUUCCGACGUAAAAAGUGUCACGGCGUCUACAUGAAUGGCCGUCGCCUACGUCGUUGCCGCUUAGCUACAUCGCUACGACGCUAUAUCAUGUGAUCGAGCGUCCAAAACACAACCUGCAUCUGGGAAAUAAAUCCAAAACUGGUUUAUAAGAUUAAUUCUUACAAUGUCAGACGGCGACACCAAUGAAGAUCUGCUAAAUAGCAGCAUUUAGUUGGUUUAGAAGAUUAUGGAUUCAUAUGAGUUGUUUGGAGAGGAUGUGGGUGGAAACAUGUUGGAAGGCUUAUCCGAAUUGGGAGGAGAUAAUUUCACAGAUGUGGCAGGUCGUGGAAGUCAACCUCCUGCAAAUGCAGGUUAUGCCCAAUCGCAACCUUAUCAGUUGCCUGGAGAAAUGCAUAGUCAUCAGGGAGAAUCUCCACUACAAAAGCUUGCAUCCUUUGGACCACCCGGAGGUGCAGGGCCAGGGGCUCCUGAUUAUAACCCUGGUAAUCAUAUGGAUCAUUUCCAUUCUAAUCACUCCGGAUCGGCUUAUGGUUCAAGUCGGGUUUCCUCUGGCUUAAGACCUAAUUUAGGACAAUCUGCACCGCCACAGUAUUCACCUUAUUCAGAUGCUGCAGGAGGCAUGUAUGGUACCACAGAUCAAGCUGCUUUACAAGCAUGGUCUAAUUACCCUGCUCCAGGUAUAAGUAGGCAUUAUCCACAUAUAGCUCAGCCAUCGUAUAGACAACAUAUGAGCUAUCAACAACAACCGAGCCAAGAAAGUCAACAAAAACCUGGUCAGUAUGUACCAAUGAUGACUUCUCAUCAAGCUCCAUCCAGUGUAUAUUCUAGAAGUCAACAACAAUCAAUGGCACCUUAUCAAAAUAUGAUGUAUUCAAACACUUCACCAGGGUAUUCUGCUUAUGGUCAUCAACAAAACACUACCACUGUUUCUUCACGAAUACCACCACAUCACAUGCAGCAAUAUCCACAGCAACAAAUGCAAAUGCCUGAAAUUCCUAGCCCUCAAGCUCCAUCUAAUUACAACCAUUUACAAUCACAAAUGACUACUCAUCCGGCAUUUUCACAGCAACCGCAACCACCUCAACAACAACAAUCUCAACCCCAGCAAUCACAACAAAUACCACAAAGAUCUUUAGGAAUUGAUGUACCUAGUAAUCCACCUUAUGGACCAUCUAGUGGAGGUAACCAAAGUAAACCUCAUACUUCUCAAGGAGGAAGUCCUCAACCACAAUACAGAGCACAGUUUCCUCAACUGUCACCUCAAAUAUCACCUCGGCCUCAAAUGUCACCUAGACCUCAUUUAUCUCCUAGACCAGCCAAUUCUACAGCUAUUAAACCAACAACACAUUCGCCACAUCCUCAUUCCGCUCAAUCUAAUAUGUCUCCAAGGCCGGCUACUGCGUUAACUCCAAAAGCAGUGACCACUCCCAGUCCAUCACCAUAUGCUCAACAGAGUACUCUUCAACAACUUGAACAAAUGGUGAUGCCAACUGUCAAUACUAAUUCAUCCACGGAUUAUCCAACAUAUAGAAGUGGUAAUAACAUACAGGCUAAUACUUCUCCGCAUUGGCAAGCAGCACCAAGACCUUCUCAUAAUGGAGGCAUGGUUUCUCAAAAUCUUAAUGACCAAGGAAUACCAGGAUAUUCUUCAAUGUCGUCUGAAGAUAAUCAAAAUCUGGAUUCUUCUAAAUCCCAAUCAAAUUCAAAUUCUAGCAGCAAUUUGAAUAUGAAUAGCUUGUCUAAUAUGGGUGAAUCCAAUUCUAUUCCUAGUCAAAAUAAUCUUGAUUAUCCGACUAACACCCAAAAUAAAUAUACCAUUUUAGAAUCACAACACAUUCCUGUUUCACAUUCUGCAGAUAUGCCUCCAACUUUAGAACCUCAAACAAAUAUACCUCCAGUACAACCACAGCAACAACCAUCUACUCAGAAUUCAAGUUCUAUGGAACACAUGGGAUCUAAUAAUAUGAGUUCUACGAAUAUUGGGUUUAAUGAUUCAAUGCCGCAAUAUCAAAAUGGCAAUAAAAUGGAAGAAAUGAUUAAUAAUCAACCUCCUGACGCACCUCAGCAGAUGCAACAUUCCCAAUCUUCAAUGUAUGAUCCAAGAGGUCCUCCUCCUGGAAUGUAUCAUUCAUCACCAAUUAGUCAUCAACAAGAAAUGGCUGCGUUGCAACAGCAGCUUCAAGAAUUAUAUUGUAUGCCACCUUCCGGGCCUGAUCAUCAAUUAAGGAUAAAUCAUAUUCAAGAAAGGAUAAACAUUUUACAACAACACGAAGCAAAUGAUCAAUGCAUGGGAGGUGUACACUGUCCAGUUGUUAAUCCUAUGUAUCAACCUGCGAUCAUAGAACCUGCUGCUCCUGUUGUGUCAGGGCGUGGAAGAGGCCGUGGGCGAGGAAGAGGUAGAGGUAGUGCUUCGGGUGAAGGCCGAGGAACACCUAGACCUAGAAAAAGUCGAAAAAAGGCCCAAGAGCCAGAGCAAAUUCCUUUUUCUCCUCCUUUAUUACAACCAGAAAUGCCAACACAUCCUAUGGUUCCACAAGAAAUGAUGCCAAUGCAUAUGAAUAUGAAUCCUGGAAUGGCUCAGCCUCAUCAUAUAAUGCCAACUGGAAUGCCGCCUCAUAUGGGAAUGCCACCAAAUCCAAUGCACCAUGAACACAUGCCACAACCUAUGUAUAAUAAUUCAGAAUCUGCGUACCAUCAUCAUAUGCAAUCUCUAGGACAACAUGUGCCACCACAACAUGUGCCUCAACAGUUGCAACAAUUGCCCGUGCAGCAACCCAUCUUGCCCUGUACUUCAGAGUCACAAAUAGUUUCAAAUUCUGUUCCUUAUUCAGAUCCUAUAAUGCCACCUGUUCACCUAGAACAACCUUUACAAAUGCCUUCUGAACAACAGCCCCAGCAACAGCAACAACCACCACAGCUACAGCAACAAGAGCAACAACAACAACAACUGCAACAGCAGCUUCAGCAAGAUCAAUUACAACAACAAAUGCAACAAUCACCAAUCAUGCCAUCAUCUCCUGUGGAAUCAGAGUCACAAGGUUGUUCUGAAUCUCCUUUAAUAGAGCAAAUUAAUCAGUCUCCACAACCUCAAUCUGAAGCACAAUCACCAUUACCUCAAACCGAAGUAAAAGAAGAUUCUAACCAGGAAACUCAAUCACCAAAUGGAAGUCCUGAUGUAAAAAAAUCAGUAUUAGUAGAAAACGACAAUACAUCAAUAGGUUCACAUCAGUCCAGAUCAUUAUCACCGGCUGAACUGAAUGAACCUCAAUCUCUUGAACGAGGAGAUUGUUGGUCUGGUAGUGAACAGGAUCCUCCGCCACCAACAUUGACUGCUGAAGUUUCACCUCCAACUUCCCCAAAAUCAGAGAAUGAAACAAUUGAAACAAGUGUAUUCAAUUUCACUGAAGAUGAAGAUCCUCCACCUCCACUUCAUUCUCUACCAGAUGGAUCUCCUAGAAAAUUAAAAGGACUCCCGAAAACAUCAAAAAAAUCGCAAUCGAAGGCAAAAAAGCCUAAAGCCAUUAAAGUUCCUAAAUCUAAAGCAAGAGAUCGAAAGAAAAAAGAAAAAAUUCCAGAGGUAGCUGAGAUUGUUGAAACUCAAACUCCUCCUCCAUCAAAACCUAAAAGACAACCUAAGAAAAAGAAAAUUCCACAAAAUGAGAGUAAAAUAAUUGAAGAAUUUCCAUCGGAUGAUGUUAAAAAUAUUACACAGACUACACUAGAAAAUGAAGUUGAAGAUGCAACUGAUGAACUGGAAACUAAAGUUGAUAAUCAAGUUGAUAAAGACUUAAAUGAAGAUAUUGAACCAGAUAUCAAUACAGUAAAGAGCGAAAAAGAUAUUGGUGCUGAUGAAUCAUUAGCUGAGGUUGAAUCUUUACCAGAGGGUCAGUCGGAGCAACCAGCAAAAUCUUCAAAGUCUUCUAAAAGAAGUGAUCGAAAGUCAAAGAGUCGUAGCAGCCGUGCUUCUAAGCGUAAGAAACCAAAACCAAUUGUAACUAAUGAAUCAGAAAAUGAUGAGUCUAAUGUUACACCACCACCAUCACCUGAAAAUGAUGACAAUAAACGAAGAUCUGGUAGACAUGCACAGAGAAAGAAGUAUGUUGAUGAUAUUAUGUUAGCCAUGUCUGAUGAAGAUUCACGUAAAUCAUCUUCGCCUCAACGUUCUAAAUCAACCAAUUCUGGUACUGUGAAUGAUAACAAGCAGGCAGCUCAAGACAAAAUUGCUAAUGUAGGAAAUUCUAUUAAGCCUAAUAUGGUGUAUAUUAAUGUUACUGAUGAAGAUUCAAUGGUUGUACAACAUAUAUUAGCUGUUCGAUCAGGUACUAGAGAGGUAUCAAAUUUAAGUAAAGAUGAUAAAAAUUUGCCUAGUGACGGUGAAAAUGAGAUUAAAAAGGAAGAUGAAGAAGUCAAAACUGAAGAAAAUUCUGAUAAUAAAGUUGAUGAAAUUAUAUCUGAAACUAAAAAUUCUGAUGAUAAGCUAGAAGAAAAAUCUGAAGUGAAACUUGAAGAAGAGUCCGUUACAAUUAAAACAGAACAAGAAGAAUCUGAAAAAAAAGAAGAAACUGAACAAAAUGUAGAUGAAACCAAUGAUGGUUCUAAGAAAAUUAUCAAAGUUGAUGAGUAUUAUGUUAAAUAUAGAAAUUUUUCAUAUCUUCAUUGUGAAUGGAAAACUGAAGAAGAGUUAUUUAAAGGCGAUAAAAGAAUUGCUGCUAAACUUAAAAGAUUUAAACAAAAAAUGGCAAACAAUACCAAUAUUUUCGAAAAUCUUGAAGAAGAACCUUUUAAUCCAGAUUAUAUUGAAGUAGAUCGGGUUCUUGAUGUAUCUGAACAACUAGAAGAACCAAAUUCUGAAAAACCUACUAAAUAUUAUUUAGUUAAGUGGCGAUCCCUUCAAUAUGAAGACAGUACAUGGGAAUUAGAACAAGAUGUCGAUCCUGCAAAAAUUGAAGUUUUCGAAAGAAUUAGACAUACACCACCUAAAGACCAGUGGAAACUUAAAAAAAAACCAACACCCAGUGAUUGGGUGAAACUGGAUAAAUCUCCAGUGUACAAGGGUAACAAUACACUUAGAGAAUACCAAUUGGAGGGUCUUAAUUGGUUACUUUUUUCUUGGUAUAAUGGACGAAAUUGUAUCUUGGCAGAUGAAAUGGGUCUUGGAAAAACUAUACAGUCAUUAACAUUUAUUAAUGCUGUUCAUGAAUAUGGUGUUAGAGGUCCAUUUUUAGUUAUUGCUCCAUUAUCAACAAUUCCAAAUUGGCAAAGAGAGUUUGAAGGUUGGACCGACUUGAAUGUAAUUGUAUAUCAUGGAUCAUCUCACAGUAGAAAUAUGGUACAACAAUAUGAAAUGUAUUAUCGAAAUGAUAAAGGUGGUAUAAUCAAAGAAGUAUCUAAAUUUGAUGUUUUAAUAACAACUUUUGAGACGAUCAUAUCUGAUUGUAUGGAACUUCGUGAUAUAAGUUGGAGAUUAUGUGUGAUUGAUGAAGCUCAUCGUUUAAAAAAUAGAAACUGUAAAUUGUUAGAAGGAUUACGUGCAUUAAACCUAGAACACCGAGUUUUAUUAUCUGGAACACCACUUCAAAAUAAUGUAAAUGAAUUAUUUUCAUUACUAAACUUCCUCGAACCAACUCAAUUUUCAAGCUGUGAGGAAUUCUUACAAGAAUUUGGUGCUUUAAAAUCUGAAACUGAAGUACAAAAACUUCAGUUAUUAUUAAAGCCAAUGAUGUUGAGACGUUUAAAAGAAGAUGUUGAAAAGUCAAUUGCUCCUAAAGAGGAAACAGUUGUCGAAGUCGAGCUAACAAAUAUUCAAAAAAAAUAUUAUAGAGGUAUAUUAGAGAAAAACUUUUCAUUUUUAUCCAAGGGUACAACUUCAGCAAAUGUUCCAAAUUUAAUGAACACAAUGAUGGAAUUAAGAAAAUGUUGUAUACAUCCUUAUUUAUUAAAUGGAGCUGAAGAUCAAAUUCAAUAUGAUUACCGUAACUUAAAUGGUGAUGAUCCUGAUGUUUACUAUAAAGCUUUAAUUCAUUCAUCGGGUAAAAUGGUAUUAAUUGACAAAUUGUUACCAAAACUUAAAGACAAUGGCCAUAGAGUAUUAAUCUUUAGUCAAAUGGUACGAUGCUUAGAUAUCAUUGAAGAUUAUUUAGUAUACAGAAAAUAUCCUUUUGAACGAUUAGAUGGAAGAAUUCGAGGAAAUUUACGUCAAGCAGCAAUUGAUAGAUUCUGUAAACCUGAUUCUGAUAGAUUUGUAUUUUUAUUGUGUACUAAAGCUGGAGGAUUAGGUAUAAAUUUGACUGCCGCUGAUACUGUUAUUAUUUAUGAUAGUGAUUGGAAUCCACAAAAUGACCUCCAGGCUCAAGCACGUUGUCACAGAAUUGGACAACAAAAAAUGGUUAAAGUCUAUAGAUUGUUAUGUCGUAAUACUUAUGAAAGAGAGAUGUUUAAUAAAGCAUCCUUAAAACUUGGAUUAGACAAAGCUAUACUUCAGAGUAUGAAUACUGCCCAGGGUAAAGAUCUAAAUAAUAAACAACUUACAAAAAAAGAAAUUGAAGACUUACUGAAAAAAGGAGCAUAUGGUGCUGUUAUGGAAGAGGAUAAUGCAGGAGAUAAAUUUUGUGAAGAAGAUAUUGAUCAAAUUCUUCGUCGUAGAACUCAAGUUAUUACCUUAGAAAGCGAAAAAGGUUCAACUUUUUCAAAAGCAAGUUUUGCAUCUAGUGGUAUUCGACAAGAUAUUGAUAUUGAUGAUCCUGAUUUUUGGAAAAAAUGGGCUAGAAAAGCAGAUAUUGAUACAUCUGAAGGAGGAGAUCAAAAUGAUUUAGUUAUAUCAGAACCUCGGCGACGAACACAAAUAAAACGAUAUGGUCAUGACGAAGCUGUUAUGGAUAUGUCAGAAUUAGAAUCAUCUGGUUCUGCUGAUAGUGAUGUGGAUAACAGUCUAGGUGUUGGACGUGGAAGAGGUCGACGAACUAGAAAGAAUAAAAAAUUCCGCACAAAAUUUUUGCCUGAUGAUUAUGUACCUAAAGAUGGUGAAGUAGUUUAUGGUUGUUGGACUCGUAGUGAAUGUUUUAAAGUUGAAAGAGGGAUUCUUACUUUUGGUUGGAGUCGCUGGCCUGAAAUAAUGCAACAUAACGACUUUCGAGAAGGAUGGAAGGAAAGUGACAUAGAAGAUCUAGCACGCAUUGUUAUUUUAUAUUGUUUGCGUUUUUAUCGUGGCGAUGAAAAAAUAAGAUCUUUUAUUUGGGAUCUUAUUACUCCUGAUAAUAUUUCCGCCGAUGAUUCUCCAUCUCAUGGUGGUCAAAGUUCUCGUGGAUCAAAGAAAUAUCGAAAACUUAAACAAAAAGAUUUCAACUCGACUCAAUUAAUUGAUGAAGAACAUUGGAGUAGAAAUAAUAAAUAUGAUGGAGAUUUAUUUUUAGAAAGCAACUAUCGCAAACAUCUUAGCCGACAUGCUAACAAGGUUUUGUUAAGAAUACGUAUGUUAUACUACAUAAAAAGUGAUAUAGUUGGUGAGUUUGCUCAACAAGUUGCAGAAGGUGUUCAUGUCAGUGCUUUGCCAAUUAAUACACCAAUUUGUGAUUUGACUCCCGCGCCUUGGUGGGAUAGAGAUGCUGACCGUUCACUUUUGGUAGGCACUUAUAAACAUGGUUUUGAAUCCUAUAAUCAAAUGCGAAGCGAUCCUGCUUUGAGCUUCCUUGUUAAAUGUGGACCACCAACUCUUGAUGAAAAAGAAACAUCUGUGGUCAAAUUUAAUGAUAACGAAGAAGGUACUGAAUUACCUAUUAAUUCUGAAGAAAUAUCAGAACCAUCAACUCCAUUAGCAACUGAAGAUAAUACUACUACUGUUGCUCUAGCCCCACAAACACCAACAUCUGUAACAGCUGAUGAAUGUAUAUGGCCAUCUAUUGGUGAUCUGAACAAUAGAGUAAGACGAUUAAUAAGUACAUGUCAAAGAAACUUCAAAAAAGAAGAACAAAAAUUGGUGCAAAAAGCUAAGGAUGUGACCAUGUAUAAAUAUGAUCUUGGAUCGCCGAGAUCUUUGAUGGAUUCCAUCAGUUCAUCACAGGCAUUGCCGCUAGGAGAAUCAACGUGCGCAGCGACGUCAGGUACAGCCCAAUUAUCAGGAGACGUUGCCAGCCUCCUUGGUACGGGACAGCCCGGAUGGGACUGGCAACAACUGGCCAUGUAUCUUUGGAAGGUUGAAAGACGUGAAAAAUAUGAACAAUUUGUAAGAGAACGUGAACGUCAAAGACUUGAAAUAAGUCAGAAAAAGUGGACCCGCAAAGAAGAACAAGAAUUUUAUAGAGCUGUUACAACUUAUGGUGUAGAUUAUGAUAGGGUCUCAAAGACUUAUAAUUGGGCUAAAUUUAAAAGUGUUGCUAGAUUAGAAAAGAAGUAUGACGAUACUUUAACUGAAUAUUUCCGCUCAUUCUAUGCAAUGUGUAAACGAUUAUGUGGCCAAACAUUAACUGAAGAAGAAGAAUUAUGUGAUUUUCCUAUGGAAAUAAUUAAUGAAGAAAGGGCUCGUAGAGCACUUGACCGUAUUAAUUUAAUUGUCAAAAUACGCGAAGAAACAUUAAAUCAUCCUAGUUUAGAUGAACGUUUAAAAGCUUGUCAAGUAUCUGCUGAUGUACCUGAUUGGUGGCAACCAGGGAAACAUGAUAAAGAUUUACUCAUUGGAGUUUCCAAGCAUGGUUUAGGAAGAACUGAUUUUUAUAUUUUGAAUGAUCCUGAAUUAUCUUUUCGUGAAAUUGUCCAAAAAAAUUUGUUAUCUGCAGUAUCUGGAUCUUUUACUAGUGAGAUGCUUGAAGCUGCCAAAAUUGAAACAGCUAAAAUUGAAGCAGCUAAAGUUGAUGCAACCAAAAUAGAAACAGCUAAAAUAGAAACCAAAACAGAAGUUACUAAUCCAAAAGUGGUUAAAACAGAGGCUACUAUAAUAGAGCCAACUAAAUCAGAACCUAUCACUACUGAUGGUUCAAUGUCUGAUACUAAUAAGACUGAAAUAGUAGAUUCUGAAGUAAAAUUGGAAUCUGUUGAACCGAAAGAAACUUCACCAGAAAAUGUUGAAAUGAAUGAUCCAAUAUCUUCUGAUAAAACCGAAUCAUCAACUGAAAAUGUAACAGAUGAUACAAAUCACGAUGUUGAAAAUAAUGUAGAAAAAAUGGUAACAUCUCCUUGUAUAAAACUUGAUGAACCUAUGGAUGUGGAUAGCGAAGAAACUUCAAAACCUGAUAUUUCUGAUGACGAUUGUAAUAAAGAAAAAGAAGAAGUAUCUGAUACUCAAACAGAAGAGCAAUUAAAUGAAAAAUCUUCUGAAGUAGUUGACCAAGAAAAUGAUGAAAGCUCAGAAAUUAUUAAUAUGGAGGAGAGUAAACAGACUGAUAUACAAGAAACAGAAAAAGUUGAAUCACAAACAAAUGAAAUUGAAAAAACUGCUGCAAGUGAUGAAGUUGAAUCAAAAUCAAAAAUAGAGAUCGAAACAACCAGUACACAAAUUAAAGACACCACUAAUGAACCUCCUGGUGCAAUUAAUAAACCUAUUACUAAAAUUAUUGAACCCGCUGUUGUUAAACCUAAAGAAAUUUCCUCUGUAGAUAGUGUAGAUAGAUUAAAAGCCAUGUUUCCAGAACUGGAAGUCUUACAUAAAGAUGUAUCUACGCCCACUGUAGAUAAAUUACCAAUGCAUAAGCCUUUGCAACAAAUUGAUCAAACAAUUGCUCAUCUUUUAGCUACAAGUUACCAGAACCCAAUUAAAUGGCCUAAGGAACAUGCUCUUGUCGUCCGUUUACAGCACAUAGUAGAAUGUGUUGAAACAGGGGAAUGGCCUGUUAGUAAGAAGUUUUCUGCUUAUGCCCAAAAUCCAAGUAUAUGUGGAAUGGGAUUAGAAGAAACAGAUAUAACUGUUUCUAAAAGAGAUAUUGGAGUAUCCCAUGAUCACAUAACUCUAUCUGAUAUUCACAAUGAACAUUCAAAUUUGAAAUCCAAUAACAUAAUGGCUCAUUCCAAUCCCAAUUUAAAACGUAAACGACAUAUUGCUAUUGAUGUGGAAACAGAAAGAGCAAAGUUACAUGCAUUGUUAAAUACUAACUCUAUCCCAGCUCAUCCAAUUAAACAUUCUCCCGCUCCUAUAUGGGAACAAACUGAUGAAUCUCUUUCGGAAGAUUCAAGACGAUCAACUCCUGUAACACCACAACUUAUUCAACCACCACCAGCUCACCAGCAAUCGCAUAAUACAUCUUCUAGAUUAAUGAAUAUGGCUUAUGAUCUUAAAGUUUUAAACAAUCCGAAAACUCCAACUACGGUAGUUCCCACAACACAACAAUCUACUGGACCUAUGGAUUUAUCUUCUGGUGGUGGUACACAGAUAGGAUGCAUGGAUUUGAGUUCAGGACCUAGAGCAAUAUCUACAUCUGUUAAUGAGGUUCAAGAUUUUUCAAUGCCAUUUAAAAAUAAACCUACUCAAAAUGUGACACAAACUCAAACUUCAUCGACACCACCAAAAAGCAAAUUAGAUGACAUGUUAAACAAAUUAAUGCAAAAGAAAAAUUGUGUUCGUACACCACGUCCAUCUGAUGAACCAGCUGUUGGAAAAGAAAUGAAACGUCGUAAACUUGAUGAAAUUGUAUUUGGUCUCUCUGCUGCCAAAGAACAGCAGACGUCACCGUCAACAGAUCAGAAAAAACACUUGGCAUCAACUUCUACUGCCCAUAAUUAUCCUACUCCAUCAAAUAAAUCACAACAAAACUUAUCUCAGCAAAUUGGAGUAGCUCAUAGACAAUCAAGCAAAUUAGAUCCACUUGCUGCAUUUUUAUCUUCACAAGUACAUGAACAACAGUCUAAUUUACUUAAACAACAUACAACUUUACAACAACAGCUAGCCCAACAGCAACAAGUAUUGAAAAUGUCUCAGACAUCAAGUGCAUCUGCUGUUGCUCAAACACAACGUAAGAUGUAUGAAGCUAUGAUGGAUAGUAUGGCAAAGAGUACUGCUGAAUAUUCAGGAAAACUAGGUGCUUCAUCAUUUUCCCAAGAAGCUAAAGUUAACAAAUGGUUAGCAGAACAAAAUGCACUAAUGACUGACCAACCAAUGUCUGCUGACUUUUUAUCAGCCCCCAGAAGAAGACGGCCUAGAGUAGAUCCAACAUUAUUAGAUUGGAAAAAAUUAACUGGUGAAGAAAAUGUGUCUGUCAUAAACAGGACAACUGGAAAGAAGUUAACUGGCACAAAAGCUCCUCAAUUAAAAAGAAUUGGACAGUGGUUGCUUGAAAACCCAGCUUAUGAUGUAGAUCCUAAGUGGGCUGAUUUAGUUAAAGAACGUGGAAAUUUGACCCAUGAUCUACAGAAGCGCUUGCCUCAAACAGAACGCAAAAAAGGCCCUGGUCGACCACCGAUGCAAAGUGGAGAAAGUGCUGGCUCAGGACAAUCUUUAUCAACAAAUCAACCAUCAACAUCAAUGGCUCCUAAUUUGUCUUUCCCAUCAUUAGCAUCUGCAGGACUAGGUGGAUUGAAUCCAUCAACUUUGUUGUCAAGUUUAUCAAUGGGAAAUUUUGAUCCAAAGAAUAACCCAUUGCUUAUGCCUUUUAGUGGAUUACCAAAUAUUGGUGCAUUAGGAGGUAUGGGUGGAUUGAGUAAUAUGAAUUUAACUAAUUCCUUGUUUGCAAACCUCGCUGGCCUAGGUCUACCUGGACUUGCUGGUAUUGAUCCAUCGAGUAUGAAUGAUAGUUCUCAUUCAACACAAAAUCCUCAAAUGAACUCAAAAUCAUCUAAAUCAAGAAAAUCGGAAUCGAAUACUAAAAAUACUCCAUCUUCAUCAGCCAAUAUACCUUCGAGUUUGCCUGGUUCAUUACCAUUCUUCUUCCCAAAUCCGAGUUUGUUAUACACACCCUUGGGUUUAGGUGGAUUAAAUCCAUUUUCAUUACAGCCUGGAGCUAUAUCGUCUGCAUAUGAUAGUCUUUCACUAUUAAAUGGAAGUUUAAAUGUAUCAUCGCCAAACACUUCUCAAAAUUCACUUUCUCGUCAUAAGUCAUCAAGUAGUAGAGGUCAAAAUUCUAAUGUUAGUACUGUAACAUCAUCUAGCCAACGUCAACCAAGAACUAGCACACAUCACCUUCCAUCACCUAAUCAAAGUUCUACAGAUCUUCUUGAGAAUUUAACACGAGCUGGACGAAAUUUACCUCCACCAGAUUUAUCAAAAAGUCGAAAUUCAAGAGAUGUUGACAGUUUACGGUCGCUCAUGUCAAGUAUUCCGCCAUUUAAUGUAUUGGCAGCAGGAGCUUUGGCAAGUGGUAGUGGUGAUUCAAAGAAAACAAGAGAACAAGAGAUGAGAGAGGCUCUUGAAAAUUUAAGUAAAGCAUCGCCAGAACUAUUUGCUAGAUCAUUACCGGAUGAUAAAAAAUUUAGUUUUCCUACAAUGGAAAUGAUUGAAAAAUCUUUGAAGAGGCCAUCUGAACAGAAUACAUCUAUCGAAAGACCUAGCAAACGUGCCAAAGACAUGAUAUCUCCUAUCACUAUACCAGUACCUCCUACUAUGACAAAAGUGCAACAUACUACUAAUAGGGAUAAUACGUCAGAGUCCGGGAUUGAUUUAUCUGGUUCAAUGAAGGCUAAGUCUCCUGAGAAGCAAAGAGAAAAACACAAAAAAGUUGAUAUUCCUCAGCCUACGAAUGUAGAUACAGAAAGUGAUUCACAAAUAUUAGAUAGAUCUGAUGCAGAAAGUGUUGAUAUGACUAAACAUAAACCUGAAAUGGUUGAUGAAAACGAUGAUAAAAAUAGUGGCAAAAACCGUAAAAGAUGUCGAUCAAAGAAAACUUCAGUAGAUGAGAAUGUGGAACGUAAAAAUUUGCGUAGUAAUGCUGGUAGAGCUGCUGCUGCUGCAGCUGCAAGAACCAAGUCUCACUCGCCAUCACCUCCGCCGGAAUAG